AAACAAACGGUUCAACUUCGUUUGAGAGCUAAGUAUAUAACAAAUGUCAUUUAAAGGUUAAGGCGAGAGGUGUUGAUAUCCUCACUAAAUGUCAAUGCAGAAAAAAUCAUUAAAAAAUAAUAAAAUCAAAUGUUUAAUUAUUGUAAUACUGAUAAAUUAUUGUGUGGCAAUAAAAGUUAAUUAUUUCAAAAGUACAUGUCUGUGUAAAAAAGUUGUUUAAUAUCGGUUAACCACUCGCAAUAAUGCAAAGCACUUUGGCGCUGCACAAAACCACACACACAAAUACAAAAGCAAUGCAAAUAAAUUAAUACGGAAUGCGUCUCCACUUCACCGCCAUCCUCAUCAUUAUUCUGCAACAAAUAAAUCGAAUUUUUACUCAAAGCAUACCCAUCAGCCCGUGCCCGAAGAUCUUCCAAUAUCGCUUCGAUGGCGCGGAGUGGUUUGGCAUUCUCUCUGUGCGUAAUACAGACUUCGCGGAAGCUUUGCAAAUUAAAGUGACACUCUCCAUGCGUGGAAAGCCAACGACGAGUUACCUAGGCGAAAUUGAAUUGCUUUCGCGCGGCCAGUUUCACAGCAAUGCCCCGGUCCUGUAUAAAAUCAAAUUUCCCAAAACACAUUUUCCACCGAAGUUGCUGCACGUAACCGCAAACAACCAUGUCAUUUGUGUAGGUCAAUCAGAUCUUAGUAUAUUCGUCACACAAAUUCAGCUGGAGCACACAAGAAAAUUUACAUUCAUCGGCGAUGAUGAGCCGUCAGACACACUGCCGGAACACGCACAAUUCUCCGCUACAUUGAUGGAGGACGAAGAGGAAGACGAUGAUGACAUUGCCUUCUUGUCAACCGAUACGAAAUUCAGUGCGGAACACUUGCCAAUCACAAAUGGAGAAAUUGAGCUGAAACAUAUGACACUAAACAGCAUAUGCGGGAAAACCAAGCCACAUUUACAUAAUAGAGCAUCGACGUCACCUCUGACCGCACUAGCAACAAAAGCUGACAAUGCUAAGGCUCCAACCGUUGCCACAAAUGUACAUCGAUCCUACCAAAAAUCUGGCAGAUAUGCAGCAGGUACUCAAGCUACUACAGCGAGUAGUCACAAUGACAGGUCCAGCACCCCGCUAGUAAUAUCCAGUGAUGAACUUCCUACUAUAUUGUCUAACACGCCCAUCCGCAUUGUAACUAGUACGGAAUUAGGCGGCUUCAACUCUUCGUUGGGUACUUCUCCACAGCCAUUAUUGACGCGCGGAGCAUGGCCGUGGCUGGCCGCAAUUUACGUGAAUAAUUUGACAUCGCUUGCUUAUCAGUGCGCUGGCACUUUGGUGUCCGCACAUGUGGUUGUAAGUUCGGCGCAUUGUUUCCACUUCCAAAGGCAACAUCACAAGGCCAAUGAAGUGCUAGUGUUUCUAGGGAGGCACAAUUUACGAAACUGGAACGAGGAGCACUCCAUCGCAGCACCAGUGAGUGAGAUUUUCCUACAUCCCGAAUAUGAUGCCACAUUGGGAACAUAUGAUGCGGACAUAGCGGUGUUGGUGUUGAAGAUUCAAGUACGGUUCAACACUUACAUUCUUCCUGCUUGCUUAUGGAGCGGUGACAGCCAACUUGAGAAUAUAGUUGGGGAGCGUGGCUUUGUUGUAGGUUGGGGUUUUUCGCACACCCACGGGAGUGUUCCAUUGAUGGGUAACAAGCCCAUAAUAGCCGCAGUUCCACACGUCACCGAAGCAGCAAUUGUGUCAAACGAAGUAUGUUUUGCGGCAAAUCCAAGGAUCCGCAGUCUCAGUUCUAAUCGCACUUUCUGCGCAGGUUUGCAAACCGCUUCACCUGUAACUCGAAGUGCUAUCGGGCCUUGUACAGGCGAUUCAGGCGCCGGACUAUUGUUGGAAAGGAACAACCGUUGGAUGUUGCGUGGCACAGUUUCGGCCGCCCUACCUGUGCAGCACAAAAAAUGCACCGACAAUCAAUAUGUCGUAUAUGCGGAUUUGGCACAAUAUUUAGAUUGGAUCAUGGCAUUUACUCUUUAACUAAUAAUUAUAUGUUUAUUGAAUUUAAGGUUUUAUAAUAAUUUCCUAAUGGGUAUUAUCCAAUUUAUUAAUAGUUAUUACUAACACAAUAGGUUUCCUAGCCCCAUCUAAUUUAUAUGAUUUAAGUACUAUCUUCCUUUAGAUAUACAUACAUACUUUUUUAAUUUGAUUACUUGAUUAAAUGGUUUAAUUCAAAGAAAA